UAACGCCGCUUGUAGCCGCUGCCGGCGCCAUGAAGCUCAACGUGGACGGGCUGCUGGUCUACUUCCCGUACGACUACAUCUACCCGGAGCAGUUCUCUUACAUGCUGGAGCUCAAACGCACACUGGACGCCAAGGGUCAUGGAGUCCUGGAGAUGCCCUCGGGGACUGGGAAGACCGUGUCCCUGCUGGCCCUGAUCAUGGCGUACCAGAGGGCGUAUCCGCUGGAGGUGACCAAGCUCAUCUACUGCUCGAGGACCGUGCCUGAGAUCGAGAAGGUGAUCGAAGAGCUUCGGAAGUUGCUCCACUUCUAUGAGAAGCAGGAGGGUGAGAAGCUGCCGUUUUUGGGGCUGGCUCUGAGCUCCCGGAAAAACCUGUGCAUUCAUCCUGAGGUGAUGCCCCUGCGCUUUGGGAAAGACGUCGACGGGAAAUGCCACAGCCUCACGGCCUCCUAUGUGCGGGCGCAGUACCAGCAGGACCCCAGCCUGCCCCACUGCCGCUUCUACGAGGAGUUUGACGUCCACGGGCGCCAGGUACCCCUCCCUGCAGGCAUCUACAACCUGGAUGACCUGAAGGCCCUGGGGCGGCGCCAGGGCUGGUGCCCUUAUUUCCUUGCCCGAUAUUCGAUCCUGCAUGCCAACGUGGUGGUUUACAGCUACCACUACCUCUUGGACCCCAAGAUCGCGGAGCUGGUCUCCAAGGAGCUGGCCCGCAAGGCCGUCGUGGUCUUCGAUGAGGCCCACAACAUCGACAACGUCUGCAUCGACUCCAUGAGCGUCAACAUCACCCGCCGGACCCUCGACCGCUGCCAGGGCAACCUGGAGACCUUGCAGAAGACGGUGCUCAGGAUCAAGGAGACGGAUGAGCAGCGCCUGCGGGAGGAGUACCGCCGCCUGGUGGAGGGGCUGCGGGAGGCCAGUGCUGCCCGGGAGACCGACGCCCACCUGGCCAACCCCGUGCUCCCCGACGAGGUGCUGCAGGAGGCGGUCCCCGGCUCCAUCCGCACAGCCGAGCACUUCCUGGGCUUCCUCCGGCGGCUGCUGGAGUACGUCAAGUGGCGGCUGCGGGUGCAGCACGUGGUGCAGGAGAGCCCCCCCGCCUUCCUGAGCGGCCUGGCCCAGCGUGUGUGCAUCCAGCGCAAGCCCCUCAGGUUCUGUGCCGAACGCCUCCGCUCCCUCCUGCACACCCUGGAGAUCGCCGACCUCGCAGACUUCUCUCCCCUCACCCUCCUCGCAAACUUCGCCACCCUUGUCAGCACCUAUGCCAAGGGUUUCACCAUCAUCAUCGAGCCCUUUGACGACAGGACCCCCACCAUUGCCAACCCCAUCCUGCACUUUAGCUGCAUGGACGCCUCGCUGGCCAUCAAACCCGUGUUCGAGCGUUUCCAGUCCGUCAUCAUCACGUCUGGGACGCUGUCCCCGCUGGACAUCUACCCCAAGAUUCUGGACUUCCACCCUGUCACCAUGGCGACCUUCACCAUGACGCUGGCCCGGGUGUGCCUCUGCCCGAUGAUCAUCGGUCGGGGCAACGACCAGGUGGCCAUCAGCUCCAAAUUUGAGACCCGGGAAGAUAUCGCGGUGAUCCGGAACUACGGGAACCUCCUGCUGGAGAUGUCGGCCGUGGUCCCUGACGGCAUCGUGGCCUUCUUCACCAGCUACCAGUACAUGGAGAGCACCGUGGCCUCCUGGUACGAGCAGGGCAUUCUGGAAAACAUCCAGAGGAACAAGCUGCUCUUCAUUGAGACACAAGAUGGGGCGGAGACCAGUGUUGCCCUGGAGAAGUACCAGGAGGCCUGCGAGAAUGGCCGCGGAGCCAUCCUGCUCUCGGUGGCCCGAGGCAAAGUGUCCGAGGGAAUUGACUUUGUGCACCACUAUGGGCGGGCCGUCAUCAUGUUCGGCGUUCCCUACGUCUACACCCAGAGCCGCAUCCUCAAGGCGCGGCUGGAAUACCUCCGGGACCAGUUCCAGAUCCGAGAGAACGACUUUCUCACCUUCGAUGCCAUGCGCCACGCGGCCCAGUGUGUGGGCCGGGCCAUCCGGGGCAAGACGGACUACGGCCUCAUGGUCUUUGCUGAUAAGCGGUUCGCCCGGGCCGACAAGCGCGGGAAGCUCCCACGCUGGAUCCAGGAGCACCUCACCGACGCCAACCUCAACCUGACGGUGGACGAGGGCGUCCAGGUGGCCAAGUACUUCCUGAGGCAGAUGGCUCAGCCCUUCCACCGGGAGGACCAGCUGGGUCUGUCCCUGCUCAGCCUGGAGCAGCUGGAGUCAGAGGAGACGCUGCGGAGGAUCGAGCAGAUCGCGCAGCAGCUGUAACAGCGGGCGAGGCCACUCCGUGUCCCCCCGGCCCUGGGUCCGGCCGCCGCGAGGUCAUCCCCGGUCUGUACAGCGAGCACACGGUACAGGCUUCCCGAUCUACGGCCUUUAAUCGCAGGAGGAGAGCGGCAAAGCCCACACAAUGGCGUACCCCCAAGGGGUGGGGAGCAGCUCCGGGAGAUGAAGGGCCACCCCUCCCUCCGAGGAGCGGCAGUGUGUGGUCUGGCAGCUUCACCGGGGGCCCAGGUCCUGGGUGCUGGUGCUGAGGGUCCGAGCGGCCUCCCUCAGGUGCUGGCCGGUGAACUGUGGGCGGGCAGGACGAGGCUGUGCUCCAGUCGCCGCCAGGGCCACCCGCCCGCGUCCUCGCCAGCCUGUGCCUCCCACGCCCAGCCUUGCCGCGGGUGGCCUCACCUGGGUCCCUGCAGCCUUUGGCCCGUCCACAUUCAGCACGUUGAGUGACAUGGCUCGCUUCAUUCUGUAAGAAGAGGGUGAGUCCCCGCGUGUCCGACGCCUCAUCUGGGCUGCACGCGUCGCAACCCAUGGACAGGGCGGGGGCGGGGAGGCCGCAGCAGGGCCUGUUGCUGAGCUGUGGAGACUCACCCUGCGGCGCCAGCCACCGCCUCGCCUCGGAGACGGGACACCAGCUUCUCGCUUCCACGCCGCAGGGACUCACGGAGCUUGGAGAACGAGCUGCUGCGCCGCAGGGUCUGGGGAGGGGCCAAGGUCAGCGCCCGCCACUCUCCCCGGCCCCAGCCCUGCAGCCGACGUGAGGCCCGGCCCCCGUCCUCACCUGGUCUGCGUCCCCAGCGGUGCCUGGGCGGGGGGCUCCUAGAACAGAGGGGGACAGUGCAGUGGGGCCAUGGGCGGUCAGCUCGGGGGCGGGGCAGGGCGCGGGGCUCACCCAGCGGGGCCGGCAGGUCCUCCCGGCUGAGGAUCUCCUUGUACAGCUCCUCCGCUUGCUGGUACUUGUUCUGCUUCAGGUAGGCCGAGGCCUGCGGGGAGGGCAGGGCCUGGGUGAGUGGGGCUCUGCUCUGGAGCUCCCUGGGCCAUCCUCCCCCCAACCUCCCACCUUGUGACCUGGGGCAGGUGACUGGCUCCUGCUCUGCCCUGGGCUAGCGACACAACCUCUUGGUGCCUCGGUUUCCUCAUUUGCAAAACGGGGCAGUAAGAGCACCUACCUCCCGGGGCGCUUUAGACAGUGGGUGGUACCAGGCAGGUACUUUCGGAAAAGGGGUCUGGAGCUCAAUAAAUAUCGGACUCUGUCCUCUCAGCCCCGCCA